AGCCAAACACUGGGGAAAGUUCAUUUUACCGUUUACAUUUUAUCACUCUCUCCUCGGAAACUCGAAAUAAGUCUUCACUCCAUCCUCACCUAAUUCCCCUCUCUCUCUCUCUCUCGUAUACAAACUUUUCUGCUAUAUUUCUAGGGUCUCCACCCAAUGGCAGAAGUCAUGAACAUGCCCGUGGAUUCCGUAGACCGUAAAGAAAACAAGCCCACCGAAGAGCAUCCUGACUCGCCUCCGCCACCACCUAGACGGCGAGAUAGAGAUUCACGAGAGAGAAGAGAUGACCGCGACAUAGAUCGGCCGCCGAGAGGUCGCGGAGAGUACUACGAUCGGAAUCGUUCGCCGCCGCCUCCUCCACCAAUUCGAGAAAGGGAUUAUAAAAGGGGAAGAGGGAGCCCUAGUCCUCCUCCUCCGUAUAGGGAUAGACGUGGAGGCCAUUCGCCUCAGCGAAGGUCGCCGCCGCCACCAUAUAAGCGGUCGAGGAGGGAUGAGGGUGGAUAUGAUGGGCGGCGUGGUAGCCCUAGAGGAGGGUACGGACCUGGCGAUAGGAGGUUUGGAUAUGAUUAUCCUAGUGGAUAUGAUCGUGAGAUGGGGGGCAGGCUGGGUUAUCCUGACGAACGGCCUCGUGGUCGAUACAUUGGCCGCGUGGGUGGCUAUCAAAGUGGUCCAUCUGACUGGGAUUCAGGUCGUGGUGGUUACAUUGAUGCUCCCAAUGCAGGAGGUGCUCAAAGAGAAGGAUUGAUGUCUUAUAAGCAAUUCAUUCAGGAACUUGAAGAUGAUAUCCUGCCUGCUGAAGCUGAGCGCAGAUACCAAGAAUACAGGACAGAGUACAUAUCAACUCAGAAACGAACUUUCUUCGAUGCUCAUAAAGAUGAAGAGUGGUUGAAAGAGAAGUAUCAUCCUACAAACUUGCUUGCUGUCAUAGAAAGGAGGAAUGAGCUUGCACGGAAGAUGGCGAAGGAUUUUUUGCUCGAUUUGCAGAGUGGGACUUUGGAUUUAGGUCCUGGUGUCAGUGGUUCAUCUGCAAACAAAUCAGGGCAGACUGGUGAUCUUAAUUCUGAUGAUGAAGCAGAUGCGAAUGGCAAAAGAAGACGUCAUGGCAGGGGUGCGGCUAAAGAAAGUGAUCUUCUUUCAGCUGCUCCCAAGGUUCACCCGGUCAGUUCUGAGUCCAGAAGAAUACAAAUUGACAUUGAACAAGCACAGGCACUGGUGCGGAAACUUGACUCGGAAAAGGGAAUCGAGGAUAAUACACUAUGCAGGGUUGAUAAUGACAGAAUGAGCAGAGACAAGUCUCAUGGUGGUAGCUCUGGCCCAGUUAUUAUUAUACGGGGUUUAACCUCAGUCAAAGGUCUUGAGGGGAUUGAGCUAUUGGAUACACUUAUUACUUACCUAUGGCGUGUUCAUGGACUGGAUUAUUAUGGAUUGAUUGAAGUAAGUGAAGCCAAGGGUCUCCGACAUGUGAGAACAGAUGGCAAGAGUUCUGAUGUUACUAGUAAUGGAGCUGAAUGGGAAAAGAAACUAGAUGUGCGUUGGCAAGAGAGGUUGAAAGGUCAGGAUCCCUUGGAGACAAUGACAGCCAAGGAGAAGAUAGAUGCUGCUGCAGUUGAAGCUUUAGAUCCAUAUGUCCGAAAAAUUAGGGAUGAGAAGUAUGGGUGGAAGUAUGGUUGUGGAGCCAAAGGUUGUACGAAGCUCUUCCAUGCUUCAGAGUUUGUCCAGAAGCAUCUAAAGUUAAAACAUCCUGAACUUGUGAUGGAGCUGACUUCUAAAGUGCGUGAAGACCUGUAUUUUCAGAAUUAUAUGAAGUAA